AUGAGGCUCUUCAGGAGAUCUGCUGGUCCAGCAGAUGACAUAUCACCGGUCGACAACACAGUAUCUGGCUAUGAUAACGAGAAGACCACCGACGUCCUACACGCAGAGAAUGCAUCAACCACAGGGCCAAGUCACAAAUGGAAGGUCUCCAAGUCUGGCGAUGGCGAUGUUGCCAUGGCUCUGUUCAACUCUCCUGACGAAAUUCAUGAGCCAGUCGACCCGGCGGAAGAGAGUAGGGUCGUGCGAAAGAUAGAUCUUAUGAUCCUGCCUUAUCUGGCCGUCUGCUACGCGUUCUUCUACAUCGAUAAAACAACACUAUCCUAUGCCGCGAUCUUCGGCAUCCGCGAUGAUCUCAAGCUGGUCGGGACGGAGUACAAUUGGCUGUCGAGUAUCUUCUACUUCGGCUUUCUAGCUUGGGUGAGUUCCUGUGGUGUGGAGAAACGUUGA